UAAUAUGAUACUGCCUGGAGUAGUAAAGGUAAAUUAUUUUUAUAAUUUAGGCUGGGCACUACAUUAAUUAAAGAAAUUUAAAGAUGCAAUUUAAUGUUAUGAUUAAGCUCUUUCAAUAUGCAUAAAACCAACAAGAUUAAGACUAAAAGGUAUAUUAAUUUUAAUUAAAAUUGAGCUGAUAUACUAUUUGAAUAAGGGAACAAAAAUGAAGCAAAACAAUUUUAUCUUGCUGCAUUAGAAAAAGGAUCAAAUGAGAAAGAUUAUAUUUAGAGAUAGUUAUCCCAAUUAUGAAACAUAAUUAUAUCAUAAAUUUUUCACAUCAUCAAUUCAAAUAAUUCAUUUUAUUCAACUUUGUCUUUUUUUUCUUUGCUAGUUUUCUUCGAUUUUAAUAUUUCAUUCGUAAAAAUAAUCUUGA